AUGGGAGACAGCUCCUACAAUGCCUCGGAUCUGAACUCAGUCCUCAGCACCUUGUCUAGUCUAUCUUCCCAAGGUCAGGGCAGUAUCAAUCAAUAUAUGCCCACACCUCACCAACCACCAAAAUUCACAUCUUCUCAAUCCAAACCCUCGGCGGAUCCACGACCGCCGCAGCCAAGGAUAUCGAGACCUCCCACCACUUCUACUUCUACACCUGACUCAUCAACUAUCACAACCUGGCCCGCAGCACUACGACAUGUGAUGCGCACUGUGGGCCAAAACGAAGAGACCCAAGCGCGCAUCCGCGGGGUGAUUCGAAGUCAGCAUCGCCAUGAGCAACAAUGGUUCGAUGCUCGUGAGGCAUUAUUGAAGCAGCAAAAGGGUCGUCCUGAGAAACAAAGGGAGCUAGAUGCAGUCCUGAGGUCGAUCGGUGCCCCUGUAAAAGAGGACGAUGGAUCGACCGAAAAGGAAUUUGCCGCAGAGCUUGCAACCUACGAUGCAAAGGUUCAUAGGGCUGCCGUGCAAAUGGCAGAUGCUAUUUUUGCCGAAUUGCGCGGCCUGGGGAUUCCAUUCUUUACGCUUCGGAAGGAGCUGGUUCAAGAUGCACCAUCCGGCAUAGAAGGCUCACAGCCACGCAGCCAGACCGAGUCUGCAUCAAUGUCAUCUACCCCAAUCUCAAAGUCUGAGCUUGUGGAGUUGCAGCAACGCAUGUUGGAGUUGCUGGAGGAUCUGUGCAAGUAA